AUGAUCGGCGACAACCUGAGACUCGCCAAAAUCUCCAAUCUACCGUCCAAGAAGAAGUUGAAUCUUUGUAGGACACUCACCAGGAUAUAUCUGCUCGGUCUGUACACUCAUUGCGUGAAAGGCCAGGCGUCCAUCGUAGAUAUGACGUGCACAAGAAAAGGAGUCCUCCCCCGCGGCCGACCGGGUGUCACCUCACAGUCGGGUGUUCACGAUACGAGCGAUGUAUCGUUGACAGUAACGGGCGAUCAGAAAGGUGUCGGUCUAUUUCAAGGCGAUCCCACAGUCUCUGAGACCCCUGGAGACCAUCAGGACGCUCCGAGUUGCCUUGGAUGGCUUGAUCGCUUACUAGCUCUUUUUGUUCUCGUUGCUAUGAUUUUGGGAGUUGUUAUAGGGAAGUUUGGCCGGAACGUCAACGUUGUUUUGACUGGUUCUACUCUUGAAGGGGUCUCAGUUCCAAUUGUUAUCGGACUGUUGGUGAUGAUGUGGCCGAUCCUCACGAAGGUCCUCAACUGGAUCAUUGGGCCAUUGGUAAUGCUCGCUGUGGCCUGGGCAACUCUACCUGAUCUACCUACAUAUCGAACAGGGGUCAUCAUGGUCGGACUGGCAAGGUGCAUCGCAAUGGUCAUGAUCUGGAAUGUACUGGCCCACGGAGAUGUAGACUAUUGUGCUAUUCUUGUCAUCAUCAAUUCCGUUCUUCAGAUUGUGCUUUACUCUCCCAUGUGCUUGCUGUUCAUAAAUGUGAUAUCUGGUGAAAACGAACUCAAGCUUGAGUACGGGAGAACAGCUCUCGCCGUUGUAAUCUACCUUGGUAUACCUUUGGCUGCUGGUGCUGUGACCCGAAUCCUUGGAAUAUGGAUAUUGGGAAUCGAGAAAUUUAAUACGAAAUUUCUCCCAUACUUUGGUCCUUUAGCCCUCAUUGGUCUUCUGUACACUAUCAUUCUCAUUUUUGCGGAGCAGGCAACACGUAUUCUUGAUAAUUUGGGACCAGUCUUCCGUGUCUUUGUGCCAAUGAUCCUCUAUUUCCUGAUCAUGUGGUCAGGAACAUUCUUCCUCGUCUACUGGCUUAGUCGGAGAAAAGGUGGCGGCAAGAAGCAUGGAUACAAAAUGGCCGUGGUGCAGAGUUUCACCGCCGGGUCCAAUAACUUCGAAUUAGCAAUCGCAGUAGCCAUUGCUGUGUAUGGCGUUCAAUCGGAUCAAGCUUUAGCAGCGACGAUUGGCCCGUUAGUGGAAGUACCCGUACUCCUCGCGUUGACGUAUCUAGCUCUCCUGUUUGAGCGCAAGCUGGAUUGGAGUGAGAGGAGUACAAAGUCGAUAAGUCAAGGGGAAACAUUGCCACUUGACUCUUUGCCAUGA